AUGGGCGUCAAGGGCCUGACCUCAUACGUCAAGCAAAUCCAGCAUGCCGUGUCCGAGCAAGUGACCAUCCCCGUCAAGUCCGCCACCGAUGCAGCUCUGUCGACCUCGACAGCCAGCGAACCCGUCCCGGGGCCCUUCGUCAUCGAUGGAUGGGCAUGGAUCUAUCGCGCCUACAUCGAUCACUUUGCCGAGUCCGUGCGUGGGGGCGAUUACAUCGGCUACACCCUCCACGCCCGUCAAUUCGUAAAAGCGUUACGACAGGCACGCCUCGAGCCCAUCUUUGUCUUUGACGGGCCCUAUCUUCCGCUCAAGAUCCCAACAGUCUUGUCACGCCUCGGAGAGACUGCAGCCAACAAUUCAGCCUUCAUGCGCUCCUCGUCACGGCUCAAGCCCGGCUUUCAGGUCUCGAUGGGUGCCUUCCCACCACUCCUCUACGAUUGCACGCUUGAGGCGCUCCGUCAGUGCAACGUCCAGAUGGUCAUCGAAGAGAUCGAGGCAGACAGCGCAGUAGCUGAGCUUGCGGAUAGGAUGGGCGGAUGGGCGGUGAGCAACGAUUCCGACUUCUUCGUUCUGUGUGCUCGAGGCUCGCGAUGUCGAGGCUAUGUCCCCAUCGAUACGAUCGAGUACCUCGUUCAGCCCAAGGCGCAACAGGUCGACUCUCAAUCGGCGUCUCUUGGUAGUGCUGCCUUCGAGGACGACGGCUUCGCACAAGUCGGUAAGAGCGGAAGGGCGAGAGGGCGGAAGGCAGGCAAGAGCGUAGCAGCUAUAGUUGCAGCAGCUGAACCACUCAGCAGACCCCCGGCCAAUCCCGAAGAAGGUGCUCUGUCCGCGAUUCGCUUCACAUCCUACUCUUCUCCCAAGCUGGCCGCUGCGCUCGGCAUCCCGACGUCUAUGCUCUCACUGCUCGCGGCAUUGGUGGGCAAUGACUACACUGCUAGCAUCCAGAAGCGCAUUCUCGAUCCUGCGCUUCCCUUCGGUCCUCAACGAAUCACGUUCAUCGCCAACGCCAUCAAAACAGAAACGCUGCGCAUGGCAUCCACAGGCAACCGUACUCCUGCUCUCAAUCUUGGUUCUUCGGGCACUGCCACUCCGUCGGCCACACGCAAUGGACUCGGUCGCACAGGUUCUGGCUGGGGAGCGCUGUCUGCUCGUGGAGGCGGCUCGUCCGCCAUCACCUCGGCCACGGCUACACCCGUGGGCGAUGCGAUGCAUCCCAAGCUCGACGAGGCUCUGGCAGCGCUCGCGCUGAACGAUCCGGUGCGCUUCAUGGUUCAGCGUGUCACCGAGCGCAUCUUGGCCGGCGUGGCUACAACCACUCGAGAGGCAUACGUCACCUCGGGCGCGCAGAAAGAUUUGGUCGACGCCAUCAUCGAUUCCGUUUGCACCUAUUCUCUCCUCAGCGAUCCCGACGCCAUUCAUCGAUCGACACCAGGUACCGAGUUCUUCUCCGACUCGCACAGCUCAGCUGCCAGGGCUGAACAUCGUUCAGGCCUCAAACAGUAUCGCGCUGCGUACACGGAAGGUUUCUUCGACCGCACUCUGGUCGAGUCGCUAACGCAGAGGUUCUGCAUCAACCGAAUGGCGCCGGAAGAUCCGGAUCAGAAAUCGAUACAGUCGACGCAUGCGCGUGAUUUGCGCGAUUGGACAUUUACCACUCUGUUCUCAAGUUGGGGCAUGGAUUGGGCUCGCGAGACGUUGGAAGAGCCACUACCGGUGGGAGGAGAGGAUGAGGAUGAGCUGGCAGGCGCGCAUGCUGGUGCGAUACCCAUCUUGGCUGGGCCAGGUCCGAACAAAGUCAAUUGGGACGAGGAAGGUGAUCCGGAGGAGCUGAUUCCCGUGCAGACUCCGCCGUCGUCGUUUGGCAGCUCGAUAUAUACGGACGAAGAUGAUCAAGACGACGACGAGGAGGACGAGGUGCGGUCAAGACCAGGGUCAGCAGCAGGCUUGCUGGACGUAGAUGAGCAGGAAGAGGGGCGCGUCAAGCCGCCCCCUGCUGUCAUGGAUUAUGGCCGAAGGGGAGAUCGAUACGUGGCGGAGCAGCGUCCCAUCUUGUCUUUGGAUGCGUUGAUCGCACGCCAGCGAGACGAAUUCGGUAUCGAGCCACCUCAGGUGCUGCGCAAGUAUCUGCGCGCCUGA